ACUGCAUCAAAUAUUAGGAAUUGAGUUGCAUAGUUUUAAAUCUAAAUAUAAUACUAAUAACUAUAUCUAGAAUCAUAUAGUUAUAUUGUAAAUAAUGGCACAAGCUGUGGGCGCUGUGGCGCCGCGCAAAGAGGUAACCGGCUUGCAUCGCAUGACACAGAAGGGCCUUCGAGAUCUAUGCAAGAAGGACAAGCUAUAUCAGACGCCACGUCUGAACGAUGUGCUCUAUUUGCACUAUCAGGGCUACCAGUAUAUCGAAUGCUUGGAUGAGUACACUGAACUCAAGUGCUUGUGGCUGGAGUGCAAUGCCAUAUCGGAAAUCGAGGGUUUGGAUAAACAGAGCAAACUCAAAUGUCUCUUUCUUCAAAACAAUCUGAUCAAACGCAUCGAGAAUUUGGCCUCGUGUCCCGAAUUGGACACACUCAACCUCAGCUCGAAUCAUAUACGCCUGAUUGAGAACAUUGGCUCCGAUAUAUUGCCCGUUCUGAAUACACUUAAUAUAUCGUCCAACUAUUUAAAGGACAGCGAAAGUCUUGCUCAUUUGGUCGAAUGUAAGACUUUGGCUGUGCUGGAUUUGUCAAAUAAUCGCAUAGAUGACAUACUGAUUGUUAAGAUCUUUGAAAAGAUGCCCUGCCUGAAAGUUUUGGUACUGCAGGGCAAUCCUGUCGUAUCACGUUUGCCGCAAUAUCGCAAGACCCUGAUUUUAGCCUGUAAGGAACUAACCUACUUGGACAGUCGACCUGUAUUCCCACGUGAUCGCGCUUGUGCCGAGGCCUGGAAACGUGAAGGGUAUGAGGGCGAACGCAAGGAAAAUAUGCGCUGGAAUCGCGCGGAUCGCAAGAAAAUGCGUGAUAGCGUAAACUAUACCAUCAAACUACGCAAUCGUCAUCGGCCGCCGGACCAACAAGAUUCAUUGAUAAGCUCAACAGAUUCAGAAGCGGAACAGGAAGCCGACAAAGGUGCGGAAAAGACGCGUGUGAAAGCCGCACUAGAAUAUGGCUGCGUGGAUGAUAUAUGGAGUGAAGUAUCUGGCGACAAUAAAGACAACGAUAGCUCCGGUACCUCGGGCACAGCUGAUGAAGCCAGCAAUGGUUCGCAAGCUGACGAUAUAGCUGAACAGUUAAGCAAUCGUCAGGCCAAGCCGUUGGAGGGACGUCCAAAGGUGCUAUAUGAAUCACAGCUUGCCGAUGCGGUAAAUCCAGAGGAGCAACUGGAGCCUACCCGACAACGGGACGAUCAGGAGACACGCACAGGCAAACGUAUAUACAUAGAGGAAGUUAAACUAGAAGAACUUGAUGUGGAACGUAAGAGAGCCAGGCUACAGGAGGAGGAAGCGACAAAAGCAGAGAACAAAAAAGAGGAUCCAAAGCUUGGAAAAACCCAAGUGGACGCAAAACCCACUGAGCUGGAGGAAGCAGUAAAGAAACAACAGGAAAACAGCGCAAACAACGAAGUGGAAGCUAAGGAUUUACCGGAGCUCAUUAAUGAACCAGACAGCGGCUCGGAAAUGGAUCAAAGCAGCGCAGCGGAUCUAGAGAAAUCGAGCGAGAAAUUAGGAGCUGUAGCUUCAAACAAUGCUGGCGAACCAUCCGCCGAGCAAAUCAAACAGGAAUGUAUAGAUCGCAUGUACGAAUCUUAUGGCACAGAAAUAUUUGCAGAACACCCCGAGUUCAGCGAGACAAUGCUAACAAAAGGAAAUCCCACAAAUGAGCUGGAGUCUAAGCAACACACUGAGGAAAUGCCUAAGUUGCGCUCGGAGGUUGUGAAUAAUAUAGUCAAGACCAAGGAGCAAUUGGAAUAUGAAGAGGAGUGCGUCGAGGCAAAUGGUAUAGUGGAAUAUAAUAUAGAAGAGAUCAGUAGCCAACUGGACGAGGACUUGGAAGAGCUGCGGCAGCCGCUUGAUCAACUGCGAGGCACGCCGCAAGUUCAACCUAAGGAAACAAGCAGCAGCUCCGACGAGGAGAAAGAAGCGGAUAAAAAAAAGUGCAUUGAAUUGACUACUGUGACGCGUUCUCUACGCAUAAUAGAGGAGUUCAGCGUGCGCAGGGAACGCAUCUGUGAGGACAUGAAGGAUCAAGAGAAAAGAUCUCAGGAUGAGCAUGAAACUAAAGUACUAAUAGAAGAGAUGAAAGUGGAGAAAAAUGAAACAGAGUUGGAUGAAAUGGAUGCUGCCUUUGCCAAGGUACUGGACGAUUGUACAGAUGAUGUGCCCAGGCGUGUUUUUGGAGCUGGCUGCGACACGCCCAGCUAUGAAUGGCGUACGGAAGAAUGCCUGCGUCAAUUAACAAUCAAAGAGACCCGUAAAGUGCCCAACGAAGAUGAGUACCAGAUUAAAUUACUGAAUGCAGAAACAAGCCAUGCACAGGCUGAGCUAAUUUGUGAGCAGAUGAGUCAAAAGCUGGCGGCGGAUGAGGCAUCGUUACGCGAGCUAUUGCAGGAGCUAGAGGAUGAGGCAGAUGUCCUGUACGACAUCACGAGCACUUUGGAUGAAGAGGACCUCUCCAGGGCACCGGAGCCACCCAUUGAGGAGGUCUGUGCCGCACUCAUUGAUGAGCUAAUCGACGAGCUGCAGUAUCAGGAGAUAAUCAACGGACAGAAUAUCAAAUGCUUUGAUUUUGGACUAAUUGAAUCGGAUGAGGAGUAUAGCUAUUCGGCAGAACCCAAGACCGAGAAGCUAAUGCCGCCGGAGCUGGAGGAUCCGGCGAGCGGCAAGUCGCUGCGUGAAUGCAUAGACGCCUUUGGCGAUUUUCUUAGCUCCGUCAGUGAACGCAAGAAGCUGAGAAAAUCGGAUCGAAAAGCCACAAGCAGCUCGGAGAAGGUGCAAGCGGCUAAAGAACUGCUCAAGUCCAGAAUGCUAACGUCCUACAAAGAGGAGACUCCCGCGGAGCUAGAUGCCGAAUUGGCCAAGCUAAAGGAGAAAACCAAACGUCGUGUGGCGGCAAUGGCAACGCGUUGUUUUGCCAAGCGUGAAGACUACGAGGACACACUCGACGUGGUGGACAACAAGCUGGUGAUUGUGAAAAAGGAUACAGGCAACAUAGAGGAUCUGCCGCCACCGCCAGCGCUCAUCAGUGACAGCGAGAGUGACAGUGAGAGCGAGUGCUCCGAUGGAGAUGAGGAUGAUGCCUAUGACACCGCCGAGGAAACAAAAGGAGCCACGACUUCUCGCAGCAUGUGGCCAAAAGCAGAACUGGAGCCAAUGCGCGCAAAUGAAGAGCUGAAUGUGGUCGAGCUCAGGGAUGAGGAUAGUGUGGUUGAUCAGUCCAUUGAUGAAUUUUACUCGCUUGAGGCAAGAGACGCCUUCAACUCGCUAGACUCGGAGUUCCUAGAUAAACUGGAUCUGCAAAAGGUGAUUGGCAGUGAUGGCGAGAUAACAGUGGAGGGUAUGCGCAGCUACGACGAACUAAGAGCUGGCCUAAAAUCCGAUGACAUCCAAAAGGAAGAGAAUCCCGGUGCACUGGUGAAGCAGGAUGAAAUGCUGAAGGAUUUAAUCGAACGCAAGCGCCAGCAGGAGGAACGCGAACGUCAGCAACAAGAGCUGGCGAGUUCGCAGGAUUUGGGCGCACUUAAAUUGAAAACGAAAUCGAUUAUGGACAAACUUGGAGGCGAAAGUGAAGAGGAACAUACAGCCGGAGUCGGAGCCGGGAAAAAUUUGCAAAAGCUAAUGUGUGGUUCGGAAAGACCCAAAGAGCUGCUUGGUCCCAAAGAGGAGAGCAACAGCGACCAACAGGAAGAUGCACAGGAGUUGCAGGAAGAUUUCACUCCAAUACAAUUAACAUUGGGUGGCUGUAAAAUUUACGAAUUAAAAAGCCAGCUGCCUGAAACAGGAAACGGGGAAGAGCCAGCGAAAGAUAUGGAGGAAACGACAGAAGAGAGAAGCAAUGGGAACGAUAAAUGUAAUUUAGAGCAAGAAGUUUUGAAAAUGGAGCCACCUAUUAAAGAAGUUCUAGAACAACAAAUCGAUGAAUCUAUCGAGACAUCCACUGAGAAACCGAAAGACACGCACAGCGCUGAUCCAGAGCCCACAAAAACAGAAAUAAACGCCAAUGUAAGCAUAGAUGACGAUAUUAUUUCCGAUGCAUCCACUGACUAUGAUUCGGAAGAAGAAAUACCCGUUGUAGAGCCACCAAAACUGCCCGAGGGUGCCCUCAAUGAAUUGUUUAGCAAUCAGUUUGAAGAUGGCCAAAAGUUAGAGCGUGAAAACGAAGAGGCUUUGCGCAAGCAGCUCUUCAGUUUGCCCCUCAGAGCUUGGACAAGUCAGGAGGAAGACUCCAUAAAUGAAGAGGAUCGUUUGGAAACAGGCAAUGAAAAGCCAGAAUCGGAAUCAGCUCUAACCACAGAUGUGGAUGACGAGAGCUCGGAGCUGGAAGCCAAAAAGAGCUCACCAGAACAAACCAAGGUUGUCGAAGAAGACGAUACGACAGAUACUGAAUCGAAUGGUGCCGUUGGCGAACUGGCACGCAAUGCCAAGCGUCAAUGGGCUAAAAUAUCACAGAAGCUAAAUGAGUUCAUUGCGGCGGAUGAUAUGAAAUUGUUGGAGAAGAGUCAAUUCAAUGAGGACGAAAGCAAUGGCGAAGACGACUAUGAACUGGAGGCUAGUCUAAAAAAACUGAAUACUAUCUAUGAAGACUGCGAGACGCAAAUAAAGAAUUCCAAUCUAGACAAAUCUAUUGAUAAAACCGAAACACAGAUAUGCGCAGAGUCCACUGUUGAAAGCAUAGGCCUUAGAGAGAAAUUAAAAGAAAAUGCACAUGAGAAUCUAAUACUGGAAGAUGUAGAGCUGACUAUUCAAGAGGCAGUCGAAGAGUUGCCUCAGUUAACUAAAAAUCUACAAGAAAAACCUAAUGAAAAUGAAAAUCUAAUAUUAAAGGACGUAGAACUAACUACUCAACAGGUUGGCGAAGAAAUGCCUCAGUCAACUGAUGAGAACCUAGGAAAAAAACUUAAAGAAAAUGAAUAUGAGAAAUCAAUACUAGAGAACGUAGAGCUGACUAUUCAAGAGUCUACCAAAGAGUCUCCUCACUUAACUGAAAAUCUAGAAGAAAAACUUAAAGAAAAUGCACGUGACAAAUCAAUACUAGAGGACAUUGAGCUAACUAAUCAAGAUUUUGGCGAGGAGUUGCCUCAGUCAGCUGAGAAUGUGCCCAAGCCUAUUAUAAGAUUAGAUUAUUUUGAAGCUAUUGAACCAGAUAAUGUUGAUGCUGCUUCCGAUACAAAUACAGAGCUCAAGACCGAAGAGAUCGAGUGUAACCUGGAGAUCCUAAAUGAUGAUGGCGAUGCAGUCGUGCAGGAAGUUAGUGUGAAUGCACAAGUGACCUACGAGCUUAAAUAAUAAAUCUAGUUUGAGUUUAUGUUCAAUUACAAUUGCAUAAUUAAUUUGUCUUUUAAUCAUGUCUACAAUUUGCACAUUUUAUACAAUACACCUCACCACGUGUAAGAACACAUUUGAACCCAUUGAUAACAUCGGGAGAAGUUCAAAAUCGAAAACCGGUUUAAACCGACUUAAAAUUCUAGUACAUAGCAAUUAAUAAAAAAAAAA